AUGAAAAUGUGCGUGGCUCUUUGCCCCCCUGGACCAAAUGUAAUCCUGCUGUUAGUGAAGCCUACUGACUUCAAUGAAGAGGACAGACAGAAAUUCAAGUUCAUCCUGAGUUUCUUUGGUCAAGAUGCAUUUAAAUUCUCAAUGGUCAUCAAAACACAAAAUGGGGAGGUCCAGAAUGCUUCAGUAAACCAAGUCAUCAUAGACUGCAGACAAAGGCAGCACAGCAUUAACUUUGAUAAGAAAGAUCUUUCCGAACAUGAUUAUCAAGAACUGAUUGAUCAGAUGGAGAACAUAGUGACUGACAACAAAGGAGGACAUCUAAACUGUACUGAACAGACUGAUCCAAUGACUUCCAAACCUCCUCUGAAUUUAGUGUUGUGUGGGAGAUUGGAAACCUGGAAGAUGUCGGCAGCCAAUGCUAUUCUGGGAGAAAGAAAGUUUGGUCCAUUUGCCAAGUCAUCAGAGUGUGUUAAAAAGCAGGGAGAGGUGUGUGGACGUUGGGUUUCCCUGGUGGAGCUGCCUGCCUUGUAUGGAAAACCUCAGAAGGCAGUAAUGGAGGAAUUAUCCAGGUGUUUCACCCUCUUUGAUCCUGAGUGCAUCCAUGCUUUUAUCCUAGUCUUACCUGUGGGUCCCCUCACUGAUGAAGACAAGAAAGAGUGGGAGACCAUCCAGGACACAUUCAGCUCUCGAGUCAAUGACUUCACCAUGAUUCUCGUCCCUGUGGAGUCAGAUCCUAAUUCUCCAGCUGUAGUAAGAUUUCUUAAGGAGAAUGUGCACAUACAAGAGCUCCUUCAGAGCUGUGGAGAACGAUAUGUUGUCUUUGACCUUAGAGACAAGCAGCAGGUCUUUAAUGUGUUGCACGCUGUGGAAAAGAUGAGAGCUGGUGACUCCAGAGGUUUCACAAAGAAAAUGCUGGUCAAUCCACGGGUGAAAAACGUUGCAAAACCAAAAUCUGUACUCGAAUUGGCUUAUAAGCAUCAGAGUAGAGAGUGUCUCAGGAUGGUGCUGAUUGGGAAGACUGGUUGUGGAAAGAGUGCAACAGCAAACACUAUUUUGGGCAAACAAUGCUUCAAAUCUAAAGCCUGCCCAAAGUCAGUGACCGAGUUUUGCCGGAAAGAAACAGGAGAGAUUGAUGGACGGACUGCCAUCAUAGUUGACACCCCUGGCUUGUUUGACACGACUCUGACCAACGAAGAAGUUAAACGGGAGCUUGUGAAAUGCGUCAGCUUGUUGGCUCCAGGACCUCAUGUGUUCUUAUUAGUGCUAAAGAUCGGCCGCUUUACCCAAGAGGAGAAAGAUACUGUGGAACUGAUCAAGGAGUUCUUUGGCAAGAAUUCAGGAGACUACAUCAUUCUCAUAUUCACAAGAGGAGAUGAUCUGAGAAAUCAAACAUUUGAGAAUUACAUACGGGAUGGCUUUGUUGAAAAACUGAUAGAGGACUGUGGAGGAAGAUACCAGGUCUUCAAUAACAGAAGUUCAGAAGAUCAGAAACGUGCUCAAGCCAGAGAACUACUGGACAACGUUGAAUCAAUGGUGAACAGAAAUGGUGGGGGCUGCUACACCUCUGAGAUGUUUCAAGAAGCUGAGGCAGCCAUACAAAAGGAAGUGAAGAGAAUCCUGAAGGAAAAGGAAGAAGACAUACAGAGAGAGAUGAUGGACGUUGAAAAUAAACAU